AUGAAUGAGCCCUUAGACGACUUGGCCAAUGUUUCCGAUUUCUCAGAUUACACCACUGCUUCUGGAAAUUGCACUGAUGAAAAAAUGCCGCUCAAGAUGCACUACCUCCCUGUCGUUUACAGCAUUAUCUUCCUCGUAGGCUUCCCGGGGAAUGCAGUAGCAAUAUCCACAUAUAUUUUCAAAAUGCGACCCUGGAAAAGCAGCACCAUCAUCAUGCUGAACUUGGCCUGCACAGACCUGCUGUAUCUAGCCAGUUUUCCUUUCCUGAUCCACUAUUACGCCAGUGGUGAGCACUGGAUCUUUGGAGAUUUCAUGUGCAAGUUCAUUCGCAUUGGCUUCCAUUUCAACCUGUACAGCAGCAUCCUUUUCCUCACAUGCUUCAGCAUCUUCCGCUAUGUGGUGAUCAUUCACCCCAUGAGCUGCUUUUCCAUUCACAAAACUCGAUGGGCAGUGGUAGCCUGUACUGGGGUGUGGAUCGUUUCACUGGUGGCUGUCACGCCCAUGAUUUUCCUGAUCACAGCAACCACCAGGACCAAUAGAUCUGCCUGUCUUGACCUCACCAGCUCAGAUGAUCUGACCACUAUCAAGUGGUACAAUCUAAUUCUGACUGCAACCACUUUCUGCCUCCCCUUGGUGAUCGUGACACUUUGCUACACCACCAUUAUCUAUACCCUGACUCAAGGCCCUCGGAGUCAGAGCUACCUCAAGCAGAAAGCUCGGAGGCUAACCAUCCUAUUACUGCUUGUGUUUUAUAUAUGUUUCUUACCUUUCCAUAUUUUGAGGGUCAUUCGGAUCGAAUCUCGCCUGCUUUCCAUCACCUGCUCUGUCGAGAACCACAUCCAUGGAGCAUACAUUGUCUCUAAGCCCCUGGCGGCUCUGAACAUCCUUGGCAACCUGUUACUCUAUGUGGUAGUCAGUGACAACUUUCAGCAGGCCAUCUGCUCAAUAGUGAGAUGCAAAGCAAGCGCGGACCUUGGGUAA